AGCAGACGGAACCAGAACUGGGAAAAGAACCCAAAAAAAGGCUGCCAUGUCUACAAAUUGCCAUGCAAGCAAAAGCUGCCCGAUCCCCACCAAAGUUCUGGUUAAGGAUUUGUCCCAACUGCCUGACUUGUACAGCAGUACACCGGGCGGCACCUUGUUCUCCACCACCCCCGGAGGUACACGGAUUAUCUAUGGUCGCAAAUUCUUGAUGGAAUGCAGAAAUUCUCCACUUGCUCGGACACCACCAUCCUAUCUUCCUCAGAUCCCAGGUGUAACUAUGCCACAACAUUCAACUCUAGCCAAAGUUGAAGAACUCCAAGAACUUGAAACAGAGACCGAGAAAGAAACUCCAGCUGAUGAUGCUCAAUUUGAAAUGGAUAUUUAAGCGGUCUCCUGGAUGAAGAGGACUGUUCUCUUGACUGAAACAUUUUUGUUUAUUGAGGAGAAAUUAUUCUGAAAAGUUGUGAAGCUGAUGUCUUCAGCAAUGGAAGUGUAAUACUUUGUACAUUCACUGAUUUACAGUUGGGGAAGGGAUGACUGAAUUGGUGCUUGUUAUUUCAUGCUGCUUUUCUGCAGGAGAUCUUGUAAAUUUGUCUUUGGUUAAAAGUUUGGAUUAAUGGUUUCCAGAUAAAGUGUUGACUUGGUCUUUAAUUUCGUUUUACUGACUUUAUAAGUUUUCAUCUGACUGUAAAGAAUCCAGUAGCCCAUUAUCAUCAUGCAGCAAUAAGAAUAAUGACUAGCUGUAUCUGGUGUGUUGAUUUAAUCACUCAAAAGCCACCUUAUCUUCUCUAGCAGUUCUAACUAUAAUAUGCUGCAGUGGGCUUUGCUGUGAAUCAGCAACAGCAGGGGCAGUAGGUGAUGUAUUGAUUCUCCUGUUAAUUCUGGAAGUUUCUUUAUGAUAGUAAUUGGAGUGCUGACGUCAAUAAGGAUGCUACAUUAUUAUCUCCUUGUAACUAAUAUUCUUAUGUAAACUACAUUUAUGCACAAACUGUAAAUAAAGAAAAACAAACUUA